GGGUGACUGCGCUUUACAGUAUAUCCCACGAAGCACUUUGUGGCAUCUCGCCAACCUGUUUUUGGCGCUGUUUGGGAGUGAGCUUGAAAGUUAUAAAGAGCCCAGGAUCUGUUUUCUUAAGGGAAUCGCUUGUGUGUGUGUGUGUGUGUGUGUUGUGCUGUGUCUAUGCUCCUGUGGGGAGGUUUCUGAGCAAAGCGACAGAGAGAGAAAGAGAGAGAGAGAGAGAGAUGGGGGAUGUAAUCUCGACUCACCUCGACGAACCCAAACGUCAGUUCAUUUCAGAAAGGACUGGCAAGAUCCUGCAAGAGUUUUUUCAGUUCUACGAGGAUCAGUAUCCACUGGCACUCUUCAAUAAGAUCCGCUACGAGGUGGAAGAAAAUGGUGGCCCACAGCCCCAGCUUCUGGAGAGAAAGGUUCCACUCAAGGAUAAACUUAUCUUCUCUGGCAAUCUGUACCAGUACAUGGAAGAUAGCAGGAAGUGGAAGAACAGGCAUUUCGUUGUCCACGAUGAUUACAACAUCCUGUUUUACGACAGCAAAAUGGCUCUCGAGAAAGGAUCCAGUCCAAAAGGAGUCAUUAACUUUGCGGGUUACAAGGUGCUGAACUCAGCUGAUCACUAUAUGGAACUGCUCAGUGCCAGCAUGCCAGGGAUCAAAGGGAAGGCGAGCAGCUCGCCCUUUCUAAAAUGGCCGACGGAGUUCCGUACCAUGAUGUGGCAUCCAUACGGACGUCACUUUUACUUCUUUGUCCUGGCGGAGAAGGAGCAGCAGAAGUGGCAGGCUGUCUUCCAGGAUUGCGUGAGACAUCUCAAUAAUGGAUUGCCGGAAGAUUCCAAAGUGGAGACUCCGGCGUUCAGCGAUGCCGUCCGUCUGUACCGUCAGUCAAAGGAUCAGUAUGGCACCUGGGACAUGCUCUGUGGCAACCAAGUGCAGAUUAUGAGCAAUUUGGUGAUGGAGGAGUUACUCCCAGAGCUGGGGACGUUGAUUCAUCCCAGGCUGAAAGGGAAAGUUCAUGAUCGACAGAGAGCUUGGAUUCUGAUCACGGAGGCUGUGUACAAAAUAGUUCAGCAGGAGACAAGACGCCAGUAUGAAGCUGUGCUACAGAAAUGCGAGCGCUCCCGUCCUGGUUUGGAGAGCAGGAUUCGUACAGACAUGGACCAAAUCAUCAACUCGAAGGAGCACGUGGCUAACAAAAUCAGAGCCUUUGUGAUGCCGAAAGCCGAGGCUUGUGUACGAAGCCAGGUCCAGCCGUACAUUGGCUCAAUCCUGGACGCCUUGAUGGCCCCGACCAGCAGGGGCUUCGCUGAGGUCAGGGACGUGUUCUUCAAGGAGACCGUGGAGAUGAACAUGAAUGUGACGAAUGAAGGGAGUCAGCACAAGCUGGGAGAGCACAUGGAGAGGCUGACGCUGCUGCCGUACCACCCGGUCAAGAUGCAGAGCGGCUACGAGAAACUGGAGCAGCUCCAGCCCCAGCUCGAGGGCCUCCAGCAGCGCUUCGACCUCUCCAGCCCGGCCGUCUUCGUCCAGCGUGGCCAGAUCCUUAUGAGACAGCAAAUGGACAAUGCAGUCUACACGUUCGAGCAGCUUCUGCACCAAAACCUGGAAAAAUCCUCCGGGAAGGAAGAUUUGUGCAAAAUCAUUCAACGCAUCCAGGAGAGAGUGCUGAAGAAAUACGACUACGACAGCAGUACAGUCAGGAAGAGGUUUUUCCGCGAGGCACUUCUCCAGAUCACCAUCCCCUAUCUGCUGAAGAAACUCUCUCCAUCUGUCAACACGACUCUGCCCAAAUUUCAAGAGUUCAUCUUUGAAGACUUCUCAAAGUUCAUCUUGGUCGAUCACAUUUUUGAGGAGGUUGUUCUUCAGUCAGUUUCGAAAGAUAUAAUGAUGGCGGUGAAGGAAGCAGCUGUUCAGCGGAAACACAACCUGUUCCGAGACAGCAUCGUGAUCACCGGCAGCGACCCCAACCUGCACCUUCUGGGCGAGGGUCCUCCCAUCGACUGGAGCGGCGAGUUUGGGGGUCCAGAGAACAGUCCGCCGAGCACAGCAGAGAAACGCAAGCGGAUGAAGCAGGUGGUGUCCAUGAUCCAGGAGGAAGGAGUCUUUCUCCGGCCGGAUGAGGUCCAGAGUAUGGGGGACCUGAAGGAGGAACCGGAGAGCCAGGAAGGUCCAGACGAGGACGUCUCAAGCCAGGCCAAGUCCCCCGACAGCGUCAAAGAGAUCCGCGACCUGUUGCCGGUCAUCACUGUCGAGAAAGCCCUGCCGACCGAGUGCUCCCUGAGUAACGGAAUCGCUUGCCAGGACACGCCCGCGGGCGAGAGCAGAGUGGAGGAAGAAAGCGAGCGGGCGACAGCCACCGAGACCAGCCAGGUGCCCGCCCCGUCCUCCAGCCGUGACAGCGGCUUCCAGUCACCCUCCGAUGAGGAGCAGAGGACCGGGGCCGGAGAUGCCGAUGGGGCCACGGCCACUGGUCAAGAGCCCAGUGAGAAAGUGACUGUUUGCCAGCAGGAGGACCAGGAAACCGGGGAGGGGGUCUCCUCCUCAGAGAAUCCCAUCCCAGUCCCGCAAGACGCCAGCGCCACAGAAACAGAGGAAACAAACACUGCGUUCUAAUUGACAAUCAGACCCAGAGAGAAAUUCACUGACUGUCAGGACUGGAGUUGAUUGUUUCUCAGAGGGAAAUAAACACAUACGUUUUUCUUUUUUUUUGGCUCGCCCUUGGAUGACGGUAAUAACUGAGAAACUUGCUCAGUAAGCCUGCUUGGCCCCCCCCCCUCCCCGCCAUUGCUAUCGGGUUCAAACUUGUUGCCUCUUUUUUUGACAUCCCCAAAACUUCCAGCAAAGCCACUCGGUUUCUCCUCCUUGCUCCCCCGCUAACAACUUUAUCUGCAUUUUGCUUUCCUUGUGUAUGUUUUUUUGUGUGUGUCCUACACCUUUGUCAUUGUCUCGUUCCCUCUUUCUUUCCCCCUUUCUCUUCCCUUCCUCCUUUCUUUUGCCCCUUGCCUCUCUGCGGUCCAUCCAUCCUUCCCCAAAAUGUUUGAUACAAUCACAGUACUCUCCGGCCAAAGCAGAAGUGCUCGCUGGCUCCUGCUGUUCUACCACAAACCAUCUUGUCUUUGAGGCUUUCUUGAUUGAAACCACCAUCACCAUCCUCACCUACCUACCCGUCCCCAUAUUAGAGCAACCUUCAUCACCUCUACUUUGCUGGCAAAUGCAAUACACCACCCAUGCAGACAAGCGGUUCAUUUCCCUAAAUGUUCAUUUCCUAACACUGUUUACUGUGCAUUUCUGGAAAGGAACAAAAUGCUGCGUUUUUACUCGUUUUUGGAUGGCGGAUCGCGGGGAGAGAAGACGUGAAAUGGGCGUUACGAAGAGCGAGCUCUGGGGCUGGAAACCAAACGCCACGUCUCCGCAACCGAGGCUUGGGCUACGAUCAGAGAAUCCAGGCGAUGCUCACUUCUGUUACUCGGCUUGAUUUUUUGGAAACUUGUUUUUCAUCCACUUCCACCACCGUCUCACACACCUCUCCUCCUCUCCCACCAUGUCCUCUCUUGCAGCUGUGGGCUGUAUCGUCGCAGAAGCAAAUGCUGUGUAAGUGCGGGGCUGAUCGCUGGUGAGACUGGAAGUGUGUGGACAUCAUAAUCAAUUUUGUUCACACUCAGAUGUCUUUCCUGCACUGCUACAGAUACGCAGCCUUAAGGAUCCUUUUUUAAAUAAAGCAAGUGUUUAUUUAAAAAUGUUAGGGUAUAUAGAGGAACAAAAAAAACUUUCUGCGGGAUAUUCUUACAAGAUGUCUAAAGUGACCUUCACAGGCUUUGUGAUGAUGAAUGUAUUAGAAUCAAGCAGUUAAGACAAUCACAGUAGGGGGUACGGAGGGAAAAAAAACUAUUGUAGAGAAUCAUAGCAGUCGUUUCUAUAAGAUUUUAUUAUUUUAAUAUGACAGAAAUCUGGUCGCUUCUACUCAGAAGAAGGGUUGCAAAUCUCUGGAGGGGUAGAAAGAGUCCAAUGCAUCGCAAACCUCUUAAAUUAUACUAUGUGAUCAUCCUUUCUUUUGGGGGUGGGGGGGGAGAGAUUAAACGAAGGAGGCUUUAAAUUCACAAGGCAUUCCUGACUCAAAGAGCAAUACUGUUGAGAAUGAUUGCAAAAAAUACGCCAAAGAAUUGUUAUAUAUAAAAAAAAGUGCAAUCUCACCUGGGAAACAGUUUAACAUUGAACAAUAUCUUAUUUUAAUGUUGGGUCCACAGGAUAAAUAUAUUUAUAUACACACAGUGUAAUAAUACGAGGGCUCAUGAUGGCUUGUGGUGGAGGAGAGAGAGAAAGAGAAAUGCAUUCUAUAAUAAUCCUUGCAUUUUGAUGUAGCGCCUUAUCACGUCAUGGGACAUCUUAAAGUGCUUCACAGGAUAUACUGUUAAGUGAAUUGACUGUACAUUUUGUGGGUGAAAUUCUACUGAUAUUUUGCCAUUAAUUGAGACCUGUGCUCUUCACAACCAACCUGCAACCCUGCUUUAUUAGGAAUGGAGGUUUUUAUUUUUUAAUAAGAGAAUUUUAUGAGGUAUCAUCUAGCGUUAAGUGCUUAUUUAACUAUUAAAUAUUUCCUUGGGUUCGCUUGAGGCCAGUGAUCAUAGCUUUUUGCAUUUCCCUUUAAUUACUACAACACUAAUUGACUUGUUUUUUUCCCACCUCCCCCUCCUUUCCGCUGUAUCAUAGCUUACGGUUAAAAGCUUUUAUUUUGUAGCUUUCAAAACAGGAUGGGAAGAUGUACAGAAUCGUGCAUUUAAUCAGUGGACGUUUGUUUUUAAACCGUACUGAAGUGACACACUAUGAGCAAAUCCACGUCAAUGUCCACCCAAAUUAAUCACUUUAAAAUUCCUCCUCGACUUUUGGUUAUUUUUUGCUGCUUUCCUUCUAACCUUUUGAGGGGGGCGGUGGGGGGUGGGGGACAGGGGGUUUGCAACCGGUGAUCGUGACUGUUACACCUCAACUGUGGGUUCCCACAGGGAUGCUCCUAAUGUUUUGUUAAGCUGCCUUUGUCCAAAAGUGUUGAAAAUAUGCAUUCAAUAAAGUUUUUUUUGAACAGGA